AUGGAUAACGAAUUAGAAGAAGAUACUAAUCCGCGAGCUAAUGGAGGUCGUCGCGAAGCUGAUGAAGGAGAUCCACUUCAGUUAGACAAUUCUAUCCCUGACCAAACUUCACCUAUUCCUAUUCCUGUGUUUGAUCAUACCACGUCUGAAAACAAUACUGAUGACGAUUCUGAUUUGCUUGUUAAUCCUGCUAGUCUGCCUGCUGCCACUGAUGAUCUUAGCAAUGGUUCUUCACCUCUUCUUGACACACUAACAUCUGUUAAUCCUACUCAUAAUCAACCUUGCAUCAGGAAAAGCACAAGAACAAAUAUUACUCCCAGGCACUUCCACUUGUUAGCACGUUUUGGGGUAUACUUCUGUUUGGCGAGUAUCGACGAUCAUCAAGAAGAACCUAUGUACUCCUUGUGGGGAUGUUGUCGAUGUUUAUUGUGGCUGUUGGUGUCCUUAUGGCUUCAUCCGGACAUCGAAAAUAAUCCAGAAGAAUGUUUGAAGAGUUCGCCAAGUGGAAAACGAUGUUAA